AAAGGGCCCGGGCCCUCUAGGCUGCGCAGGCGCAGGGGCUGCUCCCGGCGAGUCCCGACGGCGGCGGCGGCGACUGAGGGGCCGGGGCGUGGAGCAGCGGUGUGGUGGCGGCGGGCGGCCACGGAGCAGCCAUGAGGGCAGGGCCCAGUCACAGACAUGUGAGCCACUGCCCCAUGUUGUGUUGAUGCUGGUCUGCCAUGCUAGCCUGUUUACCAGGGCCAGGUGACCUGUCCUUUCAGCUUCUUUCUCACACGCAGAUGAACACUGGACUUCAGAAAUGGGACACUACACAGAAAAUGAGAACUGCUCACUAUCCCACCCCAGCCGAAUUGGAUGCGUAUGCUAAGAAGGUCGCAAACAACCCACUGACUAUAAAAAUCUUCCCCAACAGUGUGAAGGUUCCCCAGCGGAAACACGUUCGUCGUACUGUGAACGGCCUCGACACAUCAGCCCAGCGCUACAGCCCCUACCCGACUCAGGCUGCCACCAAGGCAGGCCUGCUUGCCAUUGUCAAAGUGCCAGCCAAAAGCAUACUCAAGGACUUUGACGGCACCCGAGCCCGGUUACUCCCCGAGGCCAUCAUGAACCCCCCAGUGGCACCCUAUGCUACUGUGGCACCAAGCACUUUAGCCCAUCCCCAGGCCCAGGCUCUGGCCCGCCAGCAGGCCCUGCAGCAUGCACAGACCCUGGCCCAUGCCCCUCCCCAGACGCUGCAGCACCCUCAGGGUAUCCCGCCACCACAGGCGCUGUCUCACCCUCAGAGCCUCCAGCAGCCUCAGGGCCUGGGCCAUACUCAGCCCAUGGCCCAAACCCAGGGCUUGGUCCACCCUCAGGCCCUGGCUCACCAGGGUCUCCAGCACCCCCCCAAUCCCUUGCUGCAUGGAGGCCGGAAGAUGCCAGACUCAGAUGCCCCCCCGAAUGUGACCGUGUCUACCUCAACUAUCCCCCUUUCAAUGGCGGCCACCCUGCAGCACAGCCAGCCCCCGGACCUGAGCAGCAUCGUGCACCAGAUCAACCAGUUUUGCCAGACGAGGGCAGGCAUCAGCACUACCUCAGUGUGUGAGGGCCAGAUCGCCAACCCCAGCCCCAUUAGUCGCAGUCUGCUCAUCAAUGCAAGCACUCGGGUAUCAACCCACAGCGUCCCCACACCAAUGCCUUCAUGUGUGGUCAAUCCCAUGGAGCACACCCAUGCGGUUCCAGCCGCAUUGCCUGCCACAGGUCCUGUCAACUUGCCCACAGGCAUCUCUCGAGCCCCCACUGGCUACUCUAGCGACCUCAAGCCAGUUGCCUGGAACCAGCACCAGCUGGCCCACCUACAACAGAUGUGCAGCGAGGCUGGUGGGACACCAGCCCCUGGCCUGACAGGCAAGCAUGCAGCAGGACGUGAGUUGGCAGGGCCUGGCUUUGUGGGUAAGGCCCCUGCCUACCCGCAGGAACUCUGCCUGGCACAGUCGUUCCACCUGAAGCCACCCCUGGAGAAGCMGACCCCAUCCCCACCAGUCAACGGCCUGGCAGCCCCAUUGGCCUACCCCAAUGGUCACUACUUCCAACCCUUAUGGAACAACAUUCUGCCCACUCCCAAUAGCGACAGCUCGGGGUCUCAGGACCUUGCCAUGCCGUUCCACGGUGGGCAGCCCACAGGUGCACCCCUCGACUGUGCGGCAGCUCCUGGGGCCCACUACCGAGCAGGGACUGGGGGCGGUCCAGUGGCAAGCCAGAACAGCUUGAUGCAAACAGUGGAUUACCUGAGUGGGGAUUUCCAACAGGCCUGCUUCCGAGAACAGAGCCUGGCCAUGCUGAGCAAGGCCCACCGAGCCCCUGGCAGCCGAGCCCCUGAUCCCACUGAUAGUCGAAGUCUUCAUAUUCAGCACCCGGGGUAUAGAUAGGGAGCCAUGGUGCCCUCCUUAAGCAACACUUCAUACAUCACCCUUCUAGGUUUAGUCUUACUUUAAGUAACUGGAUAGUUUCAAAGUUUCACUGCUCCAAUGUGAUCAUUCUAAGACAUUUAAGGGAGGGAACUUGAUGGAAUCCAAUUAGGGGAAGAAGGGGUUCUCUUGUCCUCCCUUUCAGCAACUUUUGUUUUCAUGUUAACAAUGUAUCCCUGAAGCCAGGAUUUUAUCAUCUCCACUGCCUGCCUAUUAGUCUGUCUUCACCUUGGCCAUUUCCCCCCAACCUCCUUCCAUCUUUUCCUGAACCUCUACCUGUUUUCCUUAGGAAUGAAGUGUGACUAAGGGAAGGGGCCUUAGGCCCUAAGCUAGGCCUCUCCCUUUAGAACUAAUAAGCCAGACUUUGCAAGUGCUCUGGACGCUCAAUCCUUAUUCACCCAAAGAUCUCAAAUCAAAACUGACCUAUUCUUCAUCUCCUCCCCACUCCUUACUAAAUUUUUUGGUUUGCUUUUAUAUUGCUUUCUAUAGCCACUGCACUUGUGUUUGCCUUUGCCACACUGGACUCAAGGCCAUCUUGCAGGUAUUUGGCCUUAGUCUUUGCUACAUGGAGAAAAAUGUCUUUGUAUUGGCAUCUUGUUUCCUGACUUUGCUUCCAGACCUGGAGAAAUUCAGUGGCCAUCUAGCAUACCCCUUCUCACUGUUGCCUCUCUCCUAACUUAACUGUGUCCUUAUCCCUCUCCCCUCUCCCCUUUGCCCUCCAGAAAAGCAGAACAAAAACUACCUUACUCAAGGAAUUAGGUAGGUAAGGGAUGAUCACAUUGGAGUUUGAAAUUAAAAACACCAAAAA